AUGCUGGCGAAGACGCAGUAUGCUAAUGGCCCCUUGGGGGUACCAACUCCAGUUACGGCUCACCCCACAACCACCACUCGACCUGGAACGGCCACUCGACUGGAUGGAUUUGGUUUCACAAGCCCAACCAAGUCGGAUUUUUCAGAGGGGCAAGAUGAGCUGGCGAAUAUUCGGGUGUGGGAUGAGAAGAGAGUGGUGGUCUGGCUCCACAGCAUCAAAUGUGGACAGUACGAGCAACUAUUCAGAGCAAAUCAUUUCACCGGCGAUAACCUGAUCGAUUGCGACCAUAAGAUACUACAGGAGAUGGGAAUCAAGAAGGUCGGAGAUCGAGUGCGGAUCUUCGUCGCAAUUAAGAACCUUCGGAGCAAGGCCGUCGUCAACAAACUAGCUGCUUUAGAAACCGCCGCCUUAUCCACCGAACCCUCGCGCUUCUCGGGCUUCCCAACAUUGGGUAAUCGACGCAUGUCUCAACUGGCGGAGGAGUUUGGAAGACCAUCUAUUGCGACAUCUCCGGCCGGGGAUUCAGAUCGAUGGCGCAAGGAUUACAUGAACCAGCCAUCAUCGGGCAGCUCAGGGAAUGGUCGCAAUGACGGAUCGAGCCGAGGAAGUUCGCACCCACGAAACCCUAGUCUCGACGGGUUGACCAUGGGUCCUCUACCACCCAAUUCGCCAGUCAUUCGCGUGAUCUACACCGGAGGACAGACCAAGGUCUUGGAUAUUCGGCAUUGCAAAACACCCGAUGAGGUCAUGGUCGGCGUGCUCAAGAAACUUCAGCUUCCAGAGCAUCAAUACAGAAACUAUUGCUUCUAUGUCUUAGAUGGACUAGAUCCAGAUCUGGCAAAUUGCCGACGACUGACUGAGAGUGAGCUUAUGGAAAUCUGCGAGGGCGUCUCCAAGUCUGAACGUGGCCGUUUGAUCUUGCGAAAGAUUCAUGCUGGAGAGCCGGAUGAUGACGAACUUCGUCGUGCAUCGCAGCUGGCUGUGGAUGAGAGUUCUGUCACACACCAAAUCGCGUUGAACAAAUCCAGUCGUCGCCAGCAGAACAAGAUUCAACAGCUCACAGGUGAAUCCUGGCAGGUUAUCAAUACUAAACAGCCAGUCUCACCAAUGGGCCCCCGGCAUCGUCCUUCUCCGUCUAAUGAUCCAGAGCAAAUGUCGCCUAAUGACCAGCGCAAUCCGGUGGCUAAGCUUCGUUCAUUCUUCGGCCAGAGACCUCCAAGUGAGAUGAUUAUCCACGAGCUUCCGUCCUUCUUCCCGAGUCAUGAUAAGCAAGAUAUUGAGAAGACAAUGCGGAGAUCACAACGUCUCAGUCGUGCAGCCAGUCGCCUCAGUGUUGUCAGCAAUUACAGUAUCGCAUCAAGCUUGAAGGAUGCGCCGCCACUUCCACCCCUACCUUCUAUCCCUCCCAUACCCCCAAUGCCCAACAUUGCCGAUGCCUGGCUGCAGAACCAAGGCGUGGCACCGGCCGCUCGUGCACGACCUAUCUCAAUUUCCAAAUUUAAUCUCCCCCAGGCUUCAUACCGGGACUCUAUUGCAUCAACCACCCUUCAACCACUCCAGGAAGAAUCACCAACAUCAACAGAACCGAACCGGAAGUCCUACAUUUCUCUUGAUAGUGGCUCCGAUGACGCUAUUCCCUCGCCCCAGAGUACGGUCGGUGAGACUAUGAGUGUUGCUACCCUUGAAGGCGAUGCAUUCAACGAUCAGAUGAGCGUGAUUGUUGCAGAAGACGAUGACGAGGAGGACCCCGGCCUGAACGAUUUCUUGGCUGGCAACAACUUCGCACCGGCGAACUGGAUGAAGGGCUCACUUAUCGGCGAAGGUUCCUUUGGAAGUGUCUUCCUGGCUCUGCAUGCCAUUACCGGUGAACUCAUGGCUGUGAAACAAGUUGAGAUCCCCUCUGCUACCAAGGGCACGGACUUCGAUCAACGCAAGAACACCAUGGUCACUGCGCUCAAGCACGAGAUCGAGCUUCUCCAGGGCAUGCAUCAUCCAAAUAUCGUACAGUACCUGGGCACAUCCGCUGAUGAGGAACAUCUGAACAUUUUCCUGGAGUAUGUGCCUGGUGGUUCCAUCGCUACCAUGCUGAAACAAUACAACACCUUCCAGGAACCCCUUGUCAAAAACUUUGUUCGACAGAUUCUCGCGGGUCUAUCCUACCUGCACAGUAAAGAUAUUAUCCACCGAGAUAUUAAGGGCGCAAACAUUCUUGUAGACAACAAGGGUGGUGUCAAGAUUUCCGAUUUCGGUAUCUCGAAGCGUGUGGAGGCAUCUCACGUCCUGGGAUCCCGCGCUAGCAGUGGUGGAGGUGGCCACAUCAAUCGCCCCUCUCUCCAGGGAAGUGUGUACUGGAUGGCACCUGAAGUUGUGCGACAAACCGCGCACACCAAGAAGGCCGAUAUCUGGGGUCUGGGCUGUCUGGUUGUUGAGAUGUUUAUCGGUGCUCACCCAUUCCCUGACUGCAGUCAGCUUCAAGCGAUCUUUGCCAUUGGAAGUAAUAAGGCUCGCCCCCCGGCUCCAGAGCAUGUGAGUCAGGAGGCUAAGGAUUUCCUUGAUAUGACCUUCCAGAUUGAUUAUGAGAAGCGGCCCAGUGCAGAUGAGCUUCUAAAAUGCAAGUUCCUGGCUAUGCCGAAACUGGGAUGA